CCAUUGCUACAAUGGGACGGCCUCUGGACGCCCUCGGGAUAGGAUUAAUCUUGGUACGUGUGUGACAUCUCCAGCUUCAGUUUUUAGGUUCGCGAAUAACUUGAAGGCAAUUGAAGUGAAAAUACAGCAUGCGUGGCGUCUGAGUUGGAAUCAGAGGUAGAGGAUGUCGAUUGAGGCAGACGUGUUGCUGCAGGAGGCUAAGGAGAACAUCGAGGCGGCACAGAACUACAGGAGUGAACUGCAACAGCGUCUGCAUGGACUCAACCAGGCCCUCAACCAGGUGAGGGGCAGUGCAGGCCGGACGCGGGAGGCCCUGCGGGGUCAUUUCGAGACGCUGCAGGCUCAGGUGUCUCUCCUGCUGGGCGAGCGGCUGGCGGCCCUGCUGCAGGAGGUGGACGCCAUCGAGCAGGACAGCGUGCGGCCGCUGGACGACUGCCAGAGGCUCAUCGAGCAGGGCGUCGGCACCGCCGACGAGCUGCUGAGAGAAGGUGAGGCUGCGAUUCGCUGUAUCGGGGAGAACGAUGACAAGCUGGGAAGCUUUACGAAGAAGGCCCUUCAGAUUCAGCUGGACAGUCUCCCCGAGGUGCCCGUGCUGGUGGAUGUCCCCUGCCUCUCAGCCCAGCUGGACGGCUCGCUGCUCGCCGCUCUUCGGGAGCGCAUCGCGUGCCACGGCAGUGUGGCCUCGCACCCCCCCGUGCUCAUAGAGCAGCUGGAGGAGCGGCCGGGGGGCGUGCUGGUGCGCUGGUGCAAGGUGGACGAUGACUUCACCGCACAGGACUACCGGCUGCAGUUCCGCCGCAGUACCGCCUCCCAGUACGAGGACGCCUACAUUGGCAGGGACUCGGAGUUCCUGGUGCUGCACCUGGAUCCGCACACAGACCACCUGUUCCGCGUCUGCGCCAGGGGGGAGGGGCGCACCGAGUGGAGCCCCUGGAGCGUUCCCCAAACCGGCUACACCACGCUAGCGCCGCACGAGUGGCAGCCAGGCAGCGAGGGCUACAUCCUGAGCAGCCGGAGAAACAUCGCCCUGCGCAGCGACUCCCCCGCUGGCGCCCUCUACUCCAGCGCCCCCUCCUGCUUCUGUGGGCAGACCCUCACCUUCAGGAUCAUGGCUGCCGGUAAGCCAGACAGACGGGACGGCCUGGGGGUGUGUGUGGAGCGCAUGACCGGCACAGAGUCGCUGCAGAGGAACAGAGCUGUGUGCGUCUCCCCCAAAGGUGCUGUGUUUGUGAAUGGAAAAGAGAUGACCAACCAGCUGCCAGCCAUCACCAUCGGCUCAGCCGUGACCUUUGACAUGGAAGUUGUCAGCCUGCUUCCUGUCACCAACAAUAACGUCAAUGACAAGGGAAGCCUAAAGUUGAGGGUGACGAUUGGCUCAGGGAGUAGAGAGGUGGUAUUUGAUUGGCUCCUGGAUCAGGAAGUGGACCGCCUUUUCUUUGGCUGCUCCUUCACGCACCCUGGAUGGAAGGUUCUCGUCUUCUGAUACUAUUGACCCUGCUCACCAGCAUAACCAUGUUCAAUGGGACAAACAAGGAAGAAGUUGAGUCUUUUGGACGGUGCAGUCCCUCAGCAAUAUGAACAUGUUCUUAUGCUCGUCUGCAUUGGGGCUGAAUUUGAGCCGUGUGCUUUCUUGAGCUGUGGUGGCUUAGAAUUUGUAACUCCUCAGACUUAAUCUCAAACAUUUCAGUUUCAAGCAAUUUAACAGUUUUUUGAGUGAUUGAUUUAUUGAUACGUAACAAUUGAUUGGUGACUGAAAUGCUUUUUGGCUGGCCCGCAACAGCAGGGCCAGCCCUACAAACGCGAAUGUCUGUGACUGAGUGAGUGACUGAGUGAGUGAUGAAGUUAUACCAUUGGUCGGCUGAGUUAUGAAGUUACACCAUUGGUCGGCCGGAUCACGUGUGUUAGGUCCAGCCAUAUACUAGGUUUUGACCUGGUCUUGUUUAUGGAAAAAAUGUGUCACACUCCCCCUCAUACCCUUCCUACAAGGGCUGGUCCUGUGUUUAACCUUCUACUCCAAACCGCUGGUCAGCCGACUGAAUGACCAGCCCGUAGAGGACAGAAAUGUCUACAGUCCUCCAGCAUUCCAGUGGCAUAUUUUUUUCUGAAGACAAACUGACAUGAAGUUCUUCAAAGCUACAGCUGCAAGUUGCGGAAGCGACCCAUCGGGGAAACGCGUUGAGCCAAUGUUCAGAGAUCAGCUUCAGAUGCGUUCAGUCAGCAGGUCACAGUGAAGGAACUGUACUGUAAGAUGACAGAUUCUGAUUGAUACAUAUUUUAGAUAUUUUGCUGCGAUAAGUCUUAAACAUUGUUUUCAGAAUUAAUAUAGCUUGUCCAGAUCAGUUGCUGGAAGAAGAGGGAAGACUAAAAUUGUGCCUUUUAGUAUUUUCACAAGUUCAGUAUGUAUUAUGCUGUACAAUGCAACUGAUGUGCAUUCCUAAAUGUGAGUUAGUUGAAAAAUAUUUCAGAUACACAAAUUAGGCAGUUUUUUCAAAUAUACUCUGAACAGCUGAAAAUUGUAGAGUAGUAAUUAAAUAUGUUUUAAUGUGCAGCUUUAGGAAGAAUGCAUUCAGAAGCAGUUAAAAAAAAAAAAACCGUUUGAACACCUUGUGGUCUCUCAGUUUUUUCAACUCUAAUUUUGAGGAAGGAGGUUGAUCCGGAGUGAAACUUUUUAAUGCACUCUGAACUAGUAAGAGCAUAGACCUGUGAUAGACUCCAUUGCUUAUCUUCUGUUCCUCAAAGCAAUGCUUCAGUUUUGAAUGACACUGACUGACGGUGUAUUGAGAGCAACAAUGUUAAAUGCGUAUAUGUUUGCAGUGGGAUCGGAGUGGGAUUUGGGGUAUUGAGCCCUAAUGUGUGCCCUGUAUACCUGCAAGAAAUUUCAGUGUGUUCAUCUGUAGAGCACAGCAAACCAUGCUGCCAAUAGAUCUGGACUGAGCAGGGUGUUUUUUUAAAAAAAGGAUAAACGCUGAAAAUCUGUCAUGUCUAGAUAGAUACAGUCAAGAUGUAAAUACUUUAUAGGGUUAUAGAGAAAACAGCUGGUACAGAAAUCAAACUAUUUAGAGAGCAGCGGUUUGUCAGUAAUGUGCAGUGUGAACAUGUUAGCCUUUAAGCAUUGCAACUACAAGGUAAGCUGAAUGCAACUUGUUGCCAUUACACCCAACAUGUGAACCACAACUAGAACAGCACUGAUCAUCGUGUCCAUUUUCUGUUGUUACACCCCGAGGAUUGGACUCGUCAUUUCUUAAAUAUAUUGUCUACUGCAGACAUUUU